AUGCCUAGAAUACGUCCAGAGGAUCUCGUCCGAGUGCUCCAGCUCGCGCAGGAGCAGACCGAUGCCGGACGCAGAAUAGCCGAUGCUAUCGCGCUCAUCGAGGGGGUGAUGGAUGACUUGGGCGAGGAAGCUAUAUCGAUCUCCUUCAACGGCGGUAAAGACUGCACUGUCCUGCUCCACCUCUACGCAGCCGUCCUUCUCGCACGGCAUACGAAAAGUCUCUCCUCUCUACUACCUACGCCGGCCCAUCUUCCCAUCUCAUCACCCACAACCAACGGCCUAUCCGAGCCCAAACCUAUCUUAUCCUCAGUAACCCCUUCAUCGCCUUCCGGACAUAUCACCACCCCGCCCUCCCCACCCCUCCCCACCAUCAAAGCAAUCUACAUCACCGCACCGGACCCUUUUCCCCUCCUCGACGAAUUCGUGCUCUCCUCGGCGGAGUUGUACGGGAUGGACCUGUAUCGCUUCGGAGGGGGCAUGAAGGCUGCUCUGGGGGGUUAUCUGGGGGGUGAGGCGGGAAAGGGAGUCAAGGGGAUGUUGAUGGGUACGAGAAAGGGGGAUCCGAAUGGGGACGUCGAGCCCCUCGCACCCACAGACCCCAGCUGGCCCUCCGUGCUCCGCAUCCACCCAAUCCUCGACUGGUCCUACGCCCACGUCUGGGACUUUCUGCGAGAUCUCAACGUUCCAUAUUGCUCAUUAUAUGACGAGGGCUAUACAUCACUAGGGUCCACCAAAAAUACCGUCCCCAACCCCCUGCUACGGAAUCCGUCCGCUCCGUCAGGCUGGGACCCCGCUUGGAAGUUGACGGACGGGUCGAAAGAGCGUUGUGGGCGACUAGACUCUUCAUCAUGA